CCGCUGUGUUGUACUGUGUGAGGAAGAUAGACGGAUUUGUAAACCCCGGAGCAAGAUCCUGCCUGCCCGAGGUUGCUGCUUUGCAGAGACCCUGGGGUAAAGCCACUGUCACCAUGUCUGACCAGGAGGCAAAACCUUCAGCUGAGGACUUGGGGGACAAGAAAGAAGGAGAAUGCAUCAAACUCAAAGUCAUUGGACAGGAUAGCAGUGACAUUUACUUCAAGGUGAAAAUGACAACACAUCUCAAGAAACUCAAAGAGUCAUACUGUCGGAGACAGGGGGUUCCAAUGAAUUCACUCAGGUUUCUUUUUGAAGGUCAGAGAAUUGCUGAUAAUCACACUCCAAAAGAACUGGGAAUGGAGGAAGAAGAUGCGAUUGAAGUUUAUCAGGAACAAACUGGGUCAUUCAACAGUUUAGAUAAUCUUUUAAUU